GCCAGUUUCGGAACUACCCCGAAUUCAAAACAACCCCAUAUAGGAUGAACAAGGCAUCAGUCUUCCGGUGACUUUCGUUGCAGAAUGUUGUGGAUAAGUGCUACACUAGCUCUCGCAAAAAUGAGCGCCUUCUUACUAUAACCAUAUCGUUAAGAAAAAAAAACCUCAUUUCUGACUAGACUUCAUCAAGUUUAAACAGCUCAGAAAAUAUAGUGGAAAAUGAUAACAUAUUGGAUAACUUAUUAUGUUAAUGUGAGAAGCAUGUUAUAAGAAUGAAGAAAUAAGCGAUUCGUUGUGCUACUCAAAAUUAUGGAUAGAGCCAGUGUCAAUAAUAAGUUUCCCACCGAGCAUUUGUGGAUUUUAACUGAUUUGAAUAUGGUGAAUGGCAGUGCUCUCUCUCAUAGGAAUUUUGAUAAUAGAACGUGCUUGGAUAGCACAGUAGUUCAACCACCAGUAACUACCGUGGAUAAUACAUCGAAGCUCGCCUACCUCUUGGAGUCCGGUCGUAUUCAAAUUCCUCUGUACAGCAUUAUUUUCCUCCUGGCUGUGAUAGGUAAUUCGCUUGUGAUUUUAACACUAGUGCUGAACAGACGGAUGCGGACGAUCACCAAUCUGUUUCUACUCAAUCUUGCUGUGUCCGACUUGUUCCUCGGGGUUUUCUGUAUGCCAUUCACACUAGUUGGAACGCUGCUACGUGAUUUCAUCUUUGGGAAGGUCAUGUGUAAGCUGCUGCCAUAUCUACAAGCUUCUUCAGUGGCGGUGUCAGCUUGGACAUUAGUUAUUAUCUCUGUGGAGCGUUACUACGCGAUCUGUCAUCCGCUUCGUUCCCGGCGAAGGCAAACACUUAGCCAUGCCUACCGUUUGAUCGCACUCAUCUGGUGCGGAAGUCUGUUUUUCAUGCUGCCCAUCGUCAUCCUCAGCAAACUGAUACCCACCAAUCAAGGGCAUAAUAAAUGUCGUGAGCUGUGGACGAAUCGAGGUUACGAACGUGCAUACAAUCUGUUUCUGGACAUGAUUUUACUCGUAUUGCCGCUUUUUAUUUUAGCCGUUGCGUACUCACUGAUGACACGCACUCUGUGUCGAAGAAUGCGCGACUUCAAACACCACGUGAAAUCGAGUGCCACAGCAGCUGCCGAUGAUGAUAAAAUCGAUAUUGCGAAAGAUACGAAAGAACCAAACACAACAGAUCGUGAGCACUCAUCUGAAGGAAUAAAAAAUAACCAUGCGGAUGAAUACAUCGGGGUGUAUUCCCGCCCAAACGGCCGUAUCAAUACACAAUUUCCAUCUUCUAAGAAUCACCGAACUACAAUACCACCGAGUUUUCUAACGACGACAGAGGCAGGCAUUGGCGGCAGCAGUAACAACAAUUCCAUCUGGAGCGAACAUACGCAUCAAUGGACGCAAAGAGUAUGCUAUUAUCGCAAUAAUAUCCACUCGUCAAGUCUUGGCACCAAACCGAUCACGGGCAUAUGUCGGGAACCAAUACGAAUGAAGAAUCCUGCCCUAAGAAAGUCGAAUAUGGAAAAAACUUUGAUGAACAAAAAACGUAUAAUUAAAAUGUUGUUCGUGGUGGUGUUGGAAUUUUUCCUCUGUUGGACACCACUCUACGUGAUUAACACGAUGACACUUUUUUGGCCGAACACCAUCUAUCACAAUCUGGGCUACACGGCCAUCAGUUUUUUCCAACUAUUGGCCUAUUCGUCCUCCUGUUGCAACCCGAUCACAUACUGCUUCAUGAGCCGCGGGUUUCGAAAAGCUUUUCUGAACUUAUUUCGUUAUUGUCGACCGGGGUCAGAUAGUGUAAGAAACCGUCGAAACAAUGUGCAGAGCGGUAUGUACGUAGAUGGUAGUGUUAGCUGUGGGAGUAUGAGAACCAUUUCCAUCAGUAAGAUCUUUAAGAGCACGAACCGGUUGCAGUACAAGAAGACAAUGGACACAGUUCUGAGCUGUGAUGGCGUUGUGAGCUUAAAAUAAUUCAAUGUUUGAGCCUGAGUAGACAAUAUACUUAAUUGUUGCUCUCCGUGAUAGACCUGAACCAGCGAAAUUCCACAAAGAACACACUGAAUGACCUUUGAGAGUAGUUAUUCAUUCUCAUUAGGCAAGUUUCGGUGAUACGAACUUCAAUAAAGACGCCGGCCACCUCCUUACAAUAUACUUAAUUGUUGCUCUGAAAAAACACAUGAAAAAUGGAAAAAAAAUAAUGUAUUUUAAAACACGGCACGAACCGGCAAUGUAUUUCGUGAUGCAUCCUUUGUCGAACUUUUGAAUUAUUUGAACAUCGGACGUUAUAUUUUGUGACUCAUCGCAACGCGAACAUUCCAUAUAUUUAAACACCCGACAUCCAUCAAUUCAACAUUUCAAUAAGCAAAUUGCAGGAUUCGAGUCUAUGGAAUUAAAAAAGACAUAUUUUUCUUGGGAAUAUUUGAAACGAGAAAAUCUCAAAUUGCAUCGAUCACGAACAACACCUGGAACGAAUAAAGUGCAUUCUAGAUAAUAGCGAAAAUGUAAGUAGAUUAGGUUCAGAAUCAUUUAACUAAAUUUACCCGUCGAAAAGCAUAAGAGAGGCCAUAGCGGAAGAGACAAAUUCUGUUUUAAAUAUAUAAUUAAAAAAGGGGUUCCACAGGUUGCGUCUGGUUUUACUUAUACAAGUCGCCGUAAGCUUCUAACAACAUUGCUCAUUGAACAAAUCAGAAAUGUACAAGCAAUGAAAU